GAAGCGCGGCUCGGCUCUGCUCUGCGCACGCGCGGCCGUCGCCUUGGUUUCCGGGCGGCGCGGGCCGCAGCGCGGAGCGGCGGGCGUUGGGGCGGUCCGUGCCGCUGGUUCUUGUAUUGCAGGGCGGUGAUCGCUGAUCUGUGAAAAAAGUGGGGAUUUGUGUGAGUACAGCUGUUGAAGCUGUCCCGGAGUCUUCAUGUAAGUCUCACCCGGCGAAGUGGCCUUGUUUCCGUGAGCUGUGAGGGCUGUGUUGAACCCGCAGCCCUACAGAAGCUAAGCUCCAGGGAGCUCUGGCAGCUGGAGCUGUGCAGGGGCCCAACAGGCUGUCCUCACAGCGAAACGGGGUUUGGCCUUUGCACGUGAUUGAAUCCAGACCCUAAAAACAAACCCGGGACAGACGGGCAGCUUUGCAUAGCAAAAAGAAAUCUGCUGAUGCCGUUGGAGUGCUCUGGGAGGUUGACCCCGGGUCUGGGUGCUCCAAACUGAAGCUCUGAGGAGUUACUGUAAUUCCAGUGAAUACGGUCAAGGAAAGCCUCACGAUGCAGCCGGCUGGGUUGUCUGGGGGUUGGUGUCUGUUUGUUUUUUGUAUUAGAUAGAGGGAAAAUCUUUGCAUAAGAAGACAGUAGGCACUCAGUAAGAAAGCAGAGGCUGAGACAUCUCAGCGGUUAUGGCAAAGGACAAGAAGAAAGAUGGCAAGAAGUCAGAAAAGUCCGUCCAUCCUGCCCCUGCACACAGUGCUGCAGCUGAGAGUAGUCCCACAAAGCUGACAGAUUUGCACACCUCAGCCAAUGAAAUGGAAGAAGCACAAGCAAGUGCAACAGUAUCAGAUAAAGAGCCAGAGAAAGCAGAGGAGCCUCCUGUCCAAGACGUUCCUCAAUGCUACGAGGAGCCCAUUCUUUCUCAACUCAUUGUGAAAAGCUAUGAAGGUGACAAAGUUCGUAGGUUGUAUGAGGGUGAAGGUGUUGCAUUUUUUGAGGGAGGAAAUAUAUAUAAGGGCAUGUUUUCUGAAGGGCUUAUGCAUGGACAAGGGACUUACACAUGGGCUGAUGGAGUGAAGUACGAGGGAACAUUUGUUAAGAAUGUGCAGAUGGUUAAUGGAUGCUAUACAUGGAAUGAUGGCAGUGUUUAUGAAGGCUCCAUCAAAAAUGGACUUAGACAUGGAUUUGGCUUUUUCAGGAGUGGGAUCCAUCCAGUUUCUUACGUUGGUUACUGGUAUAAAGGCAAAAGACAUGGAAAGGGUACCAUUUAUUAUGACCGGGAGCAUAUGUCUUGGUACUCAGGUGACUGGGUAGAUAACGUCAAAGAAGGAUGGGGAAUGAGAUGCUAUAAGUCUGGAAAUAUCUAUGAAGGUCACUGGGAGAGAAAUGUACGUCACGGAAGAGGAAGAAUGAGAUGGCUGACAGCUGAUCAAGAGUAUGUUGGACAGUGGGUGUAUGGUGUACAGCAUGGAUAUGGCACCCACAUAUGGUUUCUGAAGAGAAUGCCUGCAUCUCAGUAUCCUUUGAGGAAUAAGUACACAGGUGACUUUGUAAACGGGGAGCGCCACGGACGUGGGAGGUUCAUCUACGCCAGCGGAGCGGUGUACGAUGGCGAAUGGGUUCAUAAUAAGAAGCAUGGCAAGGGCAAGUUUGUCUUCAAGAAUGGAAAUGUUUAUGAAGGAGAGUUUAGAGGUGAUAAUAUGGUAGAAUAUCCUGCUUUCCAGCUGGAUGCAGUGGGCGCACAGGAGCUGAAUGCCAUGUGCUCAGGAAGCUGUUUUGGCUCUGAAACAAUCAGAAUCAUUAACAACUCAGAAAAUCCUUCCAGUCUGGGAUCAGAUAUUGAAUUAGAUGUAUCUUCACUGCUUAACUUGUUUCCAAGGGAAGAGAGACAAGAAGAAUUGAAACAAGUAGAAUUUGCUGUGUUGAGACACAUUACGAAACUGAGGAGAGUUUACACCUUCUACAGCAGCUUGGGCUGUGAGGAUUCUCUUGACAACGCCUUCCUUAUGACCAGGCUCCAGUUCUGGAGAUUUCUGAAGGACUGCUGCUUCCAUCACUGCGGUGUAACUCUUGCUGACAUGGAUCGGAUGUUGAGCGAUGAUAAAACACCACUUGAGGAUAUACAUUCUCCAUAUGAGACUUUACUGUUCAGAACGUUUUUAUCUCGCCUUGUUCAUCUAUCCUUUCAUAUCUAUCACAAGGAGCACAAAGAUAAAGGUCCUUAUCUGCCAAAGUGUUUCACUGAAAUGAUGUCCAGGAAUGUUAUUCCCACUGCAUGUCAUAUUCAGGGUUUCUUAUUUUCUGAACAGCGUCGUGCUGUUUUUGCCAUGAGAUACAUUGACAAAUGCUGGGAAAUAUACAGAGCUUUUUGUCAUCAGAACACCAGACCUCCGUUUGAACCCACAAUGAAAAUGAGGGAGUUCCUUUGGAUGUUGAAUGAUUUUAAGCUUCUCAGCAAACAAUUAACUGCUUCAAGACUUGUGGAAAUACUUUUCAAAGAUGGUCCCUCCCUAGAUGACAGCAACCUGGAGCAGGAGUUGGUUUUUCUUGAAUUUGUUGAAGCUCUUCUCCAUUGUGCUUUGGUGUAUGUUACCAGUGGUAUGAUUAAGGAGCAGGUAGAUCGAGAUAAUCAGAAAAGAAGUAACUUCAGAACUGAGGGUUUCUCUGAAGGAACCACAGAUGUGACUUUCCACACGCAAUAUUCUCUCUCCCAGCUGCCGAGACCUUGUGAAGACAGAGGGCAAACUCUUCAAGAAUUUCUAAUGGGUAGUGCCCUGUCACUCCACACAGCUCAUGGCAGUAUCAAAGAUGUUCAGCCAUUGUCCAGCUGGGAUACAGAAGAAGAACAAGAUAUCUCUUCAACACUGGAAUUGAUAAACGAACAAGAAGCCAAAACUGGAAAAGAUAAGGAAUUUGAUUGGUGGAUGUAUCAAGUACAAAUCUUUUUUACAAACAAGUUGUUUCCUGCCUACCAGCAUGAACAAGUGUUGAAGGAAAAAAUAAAAGAAAAUCGAAUACGGAAUGCUGAGUUAGCUGAGCUGAGAAGGAGGAAGGAGGAGGACAUAGCAAAACUUAUUGCUGAAAGAGAAGCAGAAGAUGCAAAAAAGCAGAAAGAAUCUGCAGCAGAAGAAGCGUCACUGGAGUCCAAGAGUACAGUUCUGAAGGAUUUAGAAGAGCCUGGUGUGCAGUUAGUACCCCCUCCAAAGGAAGAGGCAUCCACUGUACCACCCCCAGCUGUUACCAAGGCGCCUGCAGGAGUAAAGAGAAGGAGGAAGUAAAUCUUCUGAGAUCUGCUGAAGCGACAAGCAUGCCUCAGUGCCUCAAAUGGGCAAGAGGAAAGAGAUCACAACAACUUGGAACCAAGGCACUAUCUCAACAUGAUGAAGACUAGAACAUCAGUCCUGUGGAAAACACUCUUCACCUAGCCAGGCUACUUUCAAGUAGACUGUAGUGGAUGCUUCCAGGUCUUUGCCCAGAAAAGCUAGGUUAAGCAAAGCCUGCUCCUCUGUUUAUAGGCUCCAUCUUCCACUUGUUUUAAGGGCCACCGUGAACAGCCCGUUAUGUCCUGAUGUACAGAUACAAUACUUCUACAAAUAAAGAACACAGAAUAAUACAAAGCAGCUUGUGAAAGAUCAGACUUCACUUCUAUGCCCUUGUCUCAACCAACAACUCAGUAAGACCUCUGGGCUAUCUGAGAGACACAGCAUGGAUUUCUAACAGAGCUAGGAGUUACAUUCUCUCUGUUCAAGCUGUAAGUAAUUGUGCCUAAGGAAACAUUCAGACGUUUAGCCACGUCAACAACCACUUGAUGGGAAAAAAUAAAGUUCUUUCUUUCUAACAUUAUAGAAAGCAGCAGUCUGGGAAAGCAGAAGUCAAAGGAAAUCAACAAAAGAAAGGCGGUGGGCACAAAGCCAGCCGUGGUUUUUUUCUUCAAGAAACUCAAAUGUUCUAAUUGCCCAGGGGCUGUUUCUGAACUUUAAGAGAUUCUGUCUUGCUCAAGAAAAGCUGGGAAGUGUAAACUGAAGUUAAGGUUUUACAGGAACUGCUGCUUCAUUAUGUCAACAUGUGGGGAGAUGGACAGUAAAAACGCAGACUGAACUGACAGUUUUCUAUCUUGUACGUACCCUGCAAGCACAGUAACCCACAGAGCUGUGCAUCUCCACUGGUCAGCUAAUUUCACGUUCACAUAUGAAAGAAGCAGAAUGCAAAUAUUCUAUCUGCUAUACCUGAAUAAUCUGUUACAACUUGGGAAUGAGGUGGCAGAACCUUAAUUGAUAACAGUUAAGAAUUACUAUCUUAAU